AUGCAUAUUGCAGCAGUCAGUCACAACGGAAAGGCAAUGCAGCGCUUCCUGAACAAGGGCGCUGACAUCAACUCUCAACGAGGUGACGGCUGGACACCGCUUAUGCGCUAUGUGUAUUUCCUAGACGAACCACAGCCAUCCGAUUUGGAAGGACUCGAGUUCUUUAUUUGUAACAAGGCGGAUGUGGAGUAA